GCGGCGGCGGCCACGGCAGAGGCAGUUGCUGCGCCCGGUACUGAGGUCGCUGCGUGAGGCGCAGGCGCGGUGGACUCAGCCCUCCCCGGGCUUCGGCUCGCUGUGGGCUCGUCAUGGCGACAGAGGCGAGGCCCUUCCACCUGGUGGUGUUGGGCGCGUCUGGCUUCACCGGCCAGUUCGUGGCCCAGGAGGUGGCCCGGGAGCAGGUGGUCCCGGAGCAGAGCCCCCGCCUGCCAUGGGCCGUGGCGGGCCGCUCCCGGGAGAAGCUGCAGCGAGUGCUGGAGAGGGCUGCCCUGAAGCUGGGAAGACCAACACUCCCAUCUGAAGUUGGAAUAAUAAUUUGUGAUAUCACGAAUCCAGCCUCACUAGAUGAAAUGGCUAAACAGGCAGCAGUUGUCCUCAAUUGUGUGGGACCAUAUCGAUUUUAUGGAGAACCUGUAGUAAAAGCAUGUAUCGAAAAUGGAACCAGCUGUAUUGACAUCUGUGGAGAACCUCAGUUUCUGGAAUUAAUGUAUUGGAAGUAUCAUGAGAAAGCUGCAGAAAAAGGGUCUUAUAUCAUUGGAAGCAGUGGUUUUGACUCCAUUCCAGCAGAUCUGGGCGUAAUAUAUACCAGAAAUAAGAUGAACGGCACUCUGACUGCUGUGGAAAGUUUCCUGACUCUACAUUCCGGACCUGAGGGGUUGUGCAUUCACGAUGGUACCUGGAAGUCUGCAGUUUAUGGUUUUGGAGAUCAAAGUAAUUUGAAAAAACUGAGAAAUGAGUCAAAUCUGAAACCUGUCCCAAUUGUUGGUUCAAAAUUGAAAAGAAGGUGGCCGAUUUCUUACUGCAGAGAACUGAACAGCUAUUCUAUUCCUUUCUUGGGAUCAGAUGUGUCUGUUGUGAGGCGGACUCAGCGUUACUUGCUCGAGAAUUUAGAGCAAUCACCUGUCCAGUACGCCGCUUAUAUGACGGUGGGAGGCAUCACCUCUGUUAUUAAGCUGAUGUUUGCGGGACUUUUCUUUUUAUUCUUUGUGAAGUUUGGCAUUGGAAGGCAGCUUCUCAUAAAAUUCCCAUGGCUCUUCUCCUUUGGUUAUUUUUCAAAACAAGGUCCAACACAGAAACAGAUUGAUGCCUCAUCAUUUACUUUGACAUUCUUUGGUCAAGGAUACAGCCAAGGCUUUAGUCCUGAGAAGAACAAACCGAACAUGAGAAUUUGUACUCAGGUGAAAGGACCAGAGGCUGGCUAUGUGGCCACCUCCAUAGCCAUGGUCCAGGCAGCCAUGACUCUUCUAAAUGAUAUCUCUGAUCUUCCGAAGACGGGCGGGGUCUUCACCCCUGGAGCAGCCUUCUCCAGAACAAAGUUGAUUGACAGACUCAACCAACGCGGCAUUGAAUUUAGUGUCAUUAGCAGCUCUGAAGUCUAAACAGUUGAAGAAUUACCUGAAGGCAUAAAAUGCAUGAAUUAACGGCUUUUUUAAAUUUAAAAUUUUAAAUUCUUCUAUAUCCUGACUAUAUGUUAAAGAUUGUCAAAUAUAAAAUAUGUACACAUUAAAAGCAGGAAAUUGUACUAGCUUA